CCCGAGUGUCUCCAAGUGUCCUUAAAUAGCCCAUCAAAGGCCGUGGAAACUCUUUCAGAUCAUUUAGCUCUGGUAUAGAUUGAUGGGACUCCCUCAAUCCCCAAGCCCUCCUCACCUUUACCCUCACUCCCUACAACUUAAGCUUUACCAAGCUUUCAUAUUCUCUAUUCCAAUCCUUUUCUCUAUCAUACUGGUUUUGUUGUUUUACUUGUUCUAUCUCAAGAGGAGGGCUUCUAGUUUCUCAGCACAUCCAUCAAUUCUUCCAAGGACAAUAAAUCAUGCCACUCAAUUCAUCCCCUCACCUUGCCAAAUGGGCUUGAAAGGAGAAUUAAAAGACAAGCUUCCAACCGUCUUGUUUGAUGAAGAUCUAGAGACAAGGGGUUCAGUAUGUUGUGUGUGUCUGGGAGAAUUUGAGAUGAAAGAAGAGUUGGUCCAAGUGCCAUGGUGCAAACACAUAUUUCACAUGGAUUGCAUUAACCACUGGCUUUGUUGGAAUUCGACCUGUCCCCUUUGUAGAUGCCCUAUUACAACAGCUGGAACCAAACCUAGCCCUCCAGAGUCGGUACCUUCUCAACCCAACUUGCAGCAAGAAAGCAAUAACCAACCCACAGUCAUUUUGGAACAGCCACAAAGACAAGGACAACAAAAUCGUUCACAAGAACAAGAGGUUAUAAUUAUGGAACUAUCGACUACAAGUACAGGUUCAAGGCAACACCAUGAAAUGAGUGGUCAUCUAGAUCCAGAAUCAAUUGUUAUACAUAUCCAAACGCACAGUUCAUGA